AUGGGAAAAACCUCUGGUUUCGAAAAGGAAGGAAAGAAGAAAGGAAAAUGGUCUGCUGGCGAAGACCAGAUUCUCAAGGACUACGUCAAGAAGCACGGUCCAGGCAAAUGGGGCAAAAUAGCAAAGGAGAUUGGUCUGGGGAGAUGUGGGAAGAGUGUGAGACUGAGAUGGUUCAAUUAUCUAAGGCCCGAUAUCAAGCAUGGCAACAUUAGGGAAGAUGAAGAAGAUCUAAUUAUCAGGAUGCACAAGCUUAUAGGCAAAAGGUGGUCAUUGAUAGCAGGAAGGAUUCCGGGUCGAACUGACAAUGAAAUAAAGAACUACUGGAUCUCCACUCUAAGUAAGAAGCUGGCAGAAGAAAAAAGAAAGAAACCAGAAGUGCCGAGAAACGGGAUUGCCAAGGAGAGCUUGCCAGCCCCCAUUGAGAUCGACGAUGGUCAUCCACAUCCGACCAAAUGCAAUGAAGUUCCGGGAGGAGGAGGAUUGGUGUGUUUUGCCAGUAAUGUUAAUGUAGAAGAAGAUCAUCAGCAUCAGAGUCGUGAUACCGAUAACAGUACUACAAUGAGUGCCGGAGUGGGAGUCCAAAUCAGAGGCGUGGCAAACAAUGUUCAACCAACCGGGGACGAUCUCAAUGAUGACGCUAUGCCCUGGAACGAUUGGAUAACGGAUCUGAACGAAGGGCAACUUGACCUAUCUGAAUUUCUCCAAACUGACUUUUCGAACUUUUGGGAAGAAUCAGAUAUGUUGAUGAACUUUGAAGUCGGAGGUUGCAGCACCAUUAACCAUGAGUGGCCAAAUAAUUGCGUGGUUAAAUAUCAUCCCGAGCUUCUUGUUUUUCUUUCUGUAUCGGAAAUAUUGAUUCUUGCAUAUAUUCAUUCUUGA